UUGUCUCGGCUUUCAGAACACCGCUCAGGCAAAACGAGAAAAGACAUACAUCCUUCAAGACCUCCAGUAGCCUUCCCGUCAAACUAAAAACUUAAAUAAAUAUGAACGCUAAAAAGAAAACAAAACCAACUUCGUCGAAAUCUCCCGUAAAGCGUCAAGGAGCCAAACUGAAAUCCCCCGCCAGAAAUAAAAAGUCCAAGUUAGAUGUUACCAUGGCAACGAGUGUUGUUGCUAUAGUAACUCGACAUCUUCAGUCAGCAUCGAACGAAGUCAAAGCGGCAUCUAUGAGCAAGUACAUGAGGAAUCAGUUUGCAUUUUAUGGAGUACCAAGUCCGAAUCUGACAGAUAUUUUCAAGCAUAAAAUUCUUGUAGAAUCUCCCGCCAUUACCGACCCAGCAGCCCUACGUAGCAUCAUGAUUUCAUUAUGGAACGAACCACACCGAGAAUGUAUGCACGUCGCCUUGAAAUUCGCCAUGAAAUAUCAGGCACUUCUCAAGGGUGAAAACGCCGCAGAGUGCCGGGCGACGAUGCGGUGUGUAGAGGAGAUGAUCACAACUAAUAGCUGGUGGGAUUCAAUCGACAACAUAUCACCUAACCUUGUUGCUUAUCUGGCCAAGGAGCAACCAAACGUAGUUAAUCCCAUUCUAGAGACUUGGAUAACUCACAGCAACAUGUGGCUUCGUAGAGCAGCGAUCCUGUACCAACUCAAGUACAAGGAGAACACUGACCAGGACAAACUAUUCAGAUUCUGUCUCACAUGUUGCCAUGAGAAGGAAUUCUUCAUCCAGAAAUCCAUAGGAUGGGCCCUUCGCAACUACUUCUACACCGCUCCCAAGGCAGUCAAGGAUUUUGUCAAAGAGAAUGAGGACAAAUUAGCUAAACUCAGCAAGCGAGAGGCUCUCAAACAUGCUAGGUGACUGUCUCCAAAAGCAUGGUAGAGCUACACGGAGACUUAACAAAAGGUCCUUUAAUCAGAUAGCUUUUUCAAUGAUUGUGUAAAAAAACAAUUAAAAUACUUGGUUCAAUAACGAACAUAAUUGUUAUUCUAGUAGCUAGAUCAAGGCACUUCACAACAUUAUUACCACUGUUCAUCAGGCACACUUUUAGAUCAUUCCUCAAACUUUCUCACCCCGGGAGCAUACAACCUCUAAACUAGCAUUGAGGGGUUCACAGUACUAUCUCAGCCCUAUCAGGCUCCCAUUUGUACACCUUGAUGAAGAUAAGCAAUUAUGGUUAAGUGCCUUGGUCAAGAUCAGAAGUGUCAUAACCUGGCAUUUUAAAUACUUUUAAAUCAUGGUUUCUCUUUCUGUGGAUAUAGAGCCUCUUAGCAAAGUUCAUGAAAUAUUGAUUGUGCCCUGAAUUGGUUAAAUUUACACUUAUUCACAAAUAUCAGCACAUUAUUGGAAAACAUAUUGACAAUCAAAGUUCAUUUUGCACUCAUGACUAGUGCACUGAGCAAGAUUAAAGGUAGGGUCAUUGUAUGUUUUUACGGAAAGUAAUAUUUUUUAUAGGCAAAAAUCUCAAGAAAGAUACAGUAAAAGUCUACUUGUUGAAAACAGCAAAAAGAACUAUCACAGUAUUUUCAUUAUGGAUGUUGAAUCCACCCAAGUAUGGCGAGGUGCCACCACAUCUCUGGAAUUUUGAGUCCUCAAAAAUUGCCUUGAGGUCACAUUUUUCAGAUUCAAAUUUGUUGACGUACCUUCAUUGAUUUUUAAUCAAUGGGGGCAUUUCAAACAAAAAAUGUUCGCAGGAUGCUUCCUUCAAUUACAAUCUUUAUUAAAAGGAGAUUUUCAGACAGAAAGUGUCACAAUAAAUUUCCGCGGUCAUCACCAAAGUAUGGCCCUACCUUUAGAGUAAAAUCUGUGACUGAGCCCAAAAUGUGUGCAGCAUGUAAACUGGUUGAUGCAUUUUUUUUAAUUCAUUGUUUGGAAUGUCUUGACAAACCCUACAUUCACAGAAGUACAUUUUGAAAAAUGGUGGAAAUACAAUGUAGAGAGGCUUGUAGCAGUGCAAUGUCCUGAGUUUGACCUGUCACUGAAAAACAAAGCAAGUGGUGUAACAAUUUGAUUACACAGUGCUGCUUUAAAUUUUUCUACAUCAUAGAUUUCAUCUAUCCCUGAUGAACUUUAUUAAAAUUCUUAAUAAUAUAAGAUCUUUUUGUAGACCCAAACCAAGGGCAUAUAGUGACUGCAGUCCAAUUCCUUAGUCAUACUUCGUAAGUGUCAAACAAAUCAGAAUGUGUACUUUUUGUUUGCACAAAUUUCUUUUUUGUAAACUCAUCAUCCACUUUUAAAUGCCUCAACAUAAUCAAAUUGACUAUUUUUGUAUUAAAAAAUUCAAUAUUUCAAUAUAUUUUUGUGCUUACAUAGUUACAAAUUAUCUAAAAUAAACACGAGUAAGUUUAUUUAAUGUAUCACUUUAAUUACAGAUGAUUACCAUAAAAAACAAACUUUCUUGAAUGUAGAUAUUAUAUAGAUCAAGGAAAAUCAUAAACUAAGGAAAUAAUAAGUAGAACCAUUCUGUGUAUACUUUGUGGAUAUUUUCAUAUUUGUUUAGAAUAAAUUCUCUUUUAUAAAAAUUACUUU